CCAACUUUUUAAUCAUAGAAUUGGAUUUGUUGUCAACCUAAGCACAACCUGCUUGAUUUAAUUUUAGAAAUGUGUAAUAAACCUAUUUUAGAGUCUCGUGUCUUUAUAUAGACCUUGAUAUCAGUGUUGAAAUAGUUUGUGUUUCAAGUUCAGAUAAAAACAACAUCUGACAUCAGCUACAGAACGAAGCUUCAAACUGGCUGUUGUUUACUGGACUAAUGUAUAGAUGUACUUUGAAUAUCUUAGACAAAAACGUAUUUUUAAAACACUUUAUCUUCUUACAUUUUUACAUGCUGUUUCUAUCAGCUAAAGGAAUAAGAUUAAAAAAGGCUCGCGUUUAGUACUUUAUGUGAAACUGCUCAACUAAUGUAUACAUCUACUUCAGUAUCAGACCAAAAAAGAGUGCUUUCUCCAAUAGAGAUGUCAUCAAAAAGUUUGAGGCAAGUCAGGAUUGUAAAACUUCAACUGGCGGUUUUAGAGGAACAAAAAGUUCAACUUGAAACUGUGGUACAGAAGAUGAAAGCGGUUCUUGUGGAAGGCCAAACAUGGAUAAAUUCCUAUUCACCCCAAACCGGACUUUGCUACCAUCAUUCAAACAAUUGAAAACACGACAGACUUUGUUAUAGAAAACUGCCACCAGAUCUUGCUUGAAAAUGGAGACAGACAGAACACAACAGAAAAAGUUACAGUAUGCGUGAAACAGUCGCCAGCAGUUGUUAAACAGUCACCAGCAGUUGUAGAGCAGUCACCAGCAGUUGUUAAACAGUCGUCAGCAGUUGUUAAACAGUCGUCAGCAGUUGUUAAACAGUCGUCAGCAGUUGUAGGGCAGUCGCCAGCAGUUGUUAAACAGUCGUCAGCAAUUGUAGAGCAGUCACCAGCUGUUGUAGAGCAGUCGCCAGCAGUUGUAGAGCAGUCGCCAGCAGUUGUAGAGCAGUCGCCAGCAGUUUUAGAGCAGUCGCCAACAGUCGUAAAACAGUCGCCAGCAGUUCUUAAACAGUCGCCAGCAGUUGUAGAGCAGUCGCCAGCAGUUUUAGAGCAGUCGCCAGCAGUUGUUACACAGUCGCCAAUAGUUGUAGAGCAGUCGCCAACAGUUGUAGAGCAGUCGGCAGCAGUCACCUCACCUGCUUCGAUGAGACCGAAGACACAAAAAGUCCACAAGAAGAAACAGACGACAUUUUCAUCAGCACUGGACGUUGUUUGCACUGAGCAAGCAACACAAACUGAUUGUGAACCAACUGGAAGUGACGUAACAAAUAAAGAAACUGGUAUCGAGGCCGCUGAACCCGCGCAUGCGCCGUGUGAGAGCGGUCCCAGAAAUGUUGACGUCUGCCUGUGGAGCGGAAACAACGCCAUCUGUGAUGACGACCGAUCCAGUCAAGUGGCAGCUCUAGAGACCAAAGUGUUGGAACAAGAGAGAAGAUACAGAGAUUUAGAGGAGAUUGUCGGGAAAUUGCAGAAAAAGCACGAAGAAGAAGAUAUAUCACAACACGGCGGUACUAAGACACAUGUAAGAAACCUUAAAGAUACCAGAAAUAAUAAGGUCAACGACAACCAACCGCCAUUAACGUGUGUGGAAGUAAAUAAUGUCAGCACCACGUCAUUCACAAAAGCUCCCUCGCUAGCCCCGGCUGUCACCGCCUGUAUCCCGUACGGCGUUUCGGUCGACGUCUUCACCGGAUCUGUUCUCACCUGCUUCAACGACGUUGUCUGCAACACCGGGGACCAGUAUGACCCCGUGACCGGCGAGUUCAAGGCCGACCUCGACGGCCUUUACCUGGCUUCCAUCUCUCUCAGACAGCUCGGCACCGGCUACAUUUGCAUUGACGUCAUGUCCAGAACUCGUGGGGCUCUCCGUAACGAGAGGAAGGUGUGUGGGGCCCACACCCUGAUGCCAGACACCAGUGCCAGUGGUCUGGGCGUGGUCCAGCUGAGGGAAGGUGACGUCAUCUAUUUAAAAGGUCUUCAGAGAGGCGGCGCCAAGCUCAACAUGCAUUCCAGCUUUUCGUGUUUUAUGAUCAGAUGAUCAAAUCAAGAGAGUUCAAUACAUUAGGAUCAAAUGAUCAAACUUUUAAGUUUCAUGGCUGAAUGUUCAGAUGAUAAAAUCAAGAGAGGUCAAUACAUUAGGAUCAAAUGAUCAAACUUUUAAGUUUUAUGGCUGAAUGUUCAGAUGAUAAAAUCUAGAGAGUUCAAUACAUUAGGAUCAAAUGAUCAAACUUUUAAGUUUUAUGGCUGAAUGUCCAGAUGUUAAAAUCUAAAAAAUAUAAAUUUUGUCAACAUGUUUCUUGAUCAGAUGAUCAAAUCAAGAGAGGUCAAUACAUUAGGAUCAAAUGAUCAAACUUUUACGUUUCAAGGCUGAAUGUUCAGAUGAUACAAUCUAAAAAACAAUAUGUCAAUAUGUUUCUUGAUCAGAUGAUCAAAUCUAGAGAGUUCAAUACAUUAGCAUCAAAUGAUCAAACCUAUAAAUUUCAUGACUGAAUGUUCAGAAGAUAAAAUCUAAAAAAAAAAAAUUUUGUCAAAAAGUUUCUUGAUCAGAUUAUCAAAUCUUUAGAGUUCAAGACACAACAAUCAAAUGAUCAAACUUAUAAGUUUUCAUUUCAGGGCUGAAUGAUCAGACUAUAAAAUAUUAUGCAAAUGUGAUGAGAUGAUCAAAUCCGGAGGUUUUAUGAUCGAAUUAAAAACGGACUGUCUAUAAAUAAAGCUACAAUAUUUUAAUCGUCAUAACAACCAGCCCAAAAAAGAACACUAGAUCGGCCCUCCACUGACAUCAUUUUGACGUCACAACGGUCAACGCCGCACCCCCAUACCCCCCUAAAACACUGGUAACCCUGCUAUUAAUCAGCUAGUUAGCCCGAAGAUUUACCCCAAAAAAGCUAGAAGGCAAAUCUUGAAUUCCCCCCCUCCACACACCCACCCAUAGGAAAUCGUCGCUAAAGUCUACACCCUCUUGCCCCUUACCAGCUCCCACAACACCCUCCUCCCACCCCCUCCUACAUCGUCGUUUGACGCUAUUUAUAUACAUUGCUUAUAGACUGCUAUAGAUCACAAUUAAUCUAGAUUUUGUUUCUAAAUUUCGUUUUAGAAAAUGUUAAAAUCUGAUGUUUUGGUCAAUCUUGCUAACUAAUGCCUACAAGA